GCGCGUCCCGCCGCGGCCAGCGCUGGCCGCCGCAGCCCCUCCGACGGCGCCCGCGACGACGACGAGGAUGUCGACCAGCUCUUCGGAGCCUACGGCGCCAGCCCGGGCCCCAGCACCGGCCCCAGCCCGGCGCGGCCGCCCGCCAAGCCGCCCGAGGACGAGCCGGACGCCGACGGCUACGAGUCGGACGACUGCACUGCCCUGGGCACACUGGAUUUCAGCCUGCUCUACGACCAGGAGAACAACGCCCUGCACUGCACCAUCAGCAAGGCCAAGCCAUGCUGUUCCUUCACCCCCUGCAUCGAUCCCUCUGGGAGGAAGGUGCCAAAGUUGAUGUUCUCUCGCAAGGGCCUGAAGCCGAUGGACCACAACGGGCUGGCAGACCCCUACGUCAAGCUGCACCUGCUGCCGGGAGCCAGCAAGGCAAAUAAACUCAGAACGAAAACUCUCCGAAACACUCUGAACCCCACGUGGAAUGAGACCCUCACUUACUACGGGAUCACGGACGAAGACAUGAUUCGAAAGACCCUGCGGAUCUCCGUGUGCGAUGAGGACAAAUUCCGCCACAAUGAGUUCAUCGGGGAGACGCGCGUGCCCCUGAAGAAGCUGAAAGCCAACCACACCAAGACGUUCAGCGUCUGCCUGGAGAAGCAGCUGCCGGUGGACAAGACUGAAGACAAGUCCCUGGAGGAGCGGGGCCGGAUCCUGAUCUCCCUCAAGUACAGCUCACAGAAGCAGGGCCUGCUGGUCGGCAUCGUGCGCUGCGCCCACCUGGCUGCCAUGGACGCCAACGGCUACUCGGACCCCUACGUGAAGACAUACCUGAAGCCAGAUGUGGACAAGAAAUCUAAACAUAAGACAGCAGUAAAGAAGAAGACCCUGAACCCCGAAUUCAACGAGGAGUUCUGUUAUGAGAUUAAGCAUGGGGACCUGGCCAAGAAGACCCUGGAAGUCACUGUUUGGGAUUAUGACAUUGGAAAAUCCAACGAUUUCAUUGGCGGCGUGGUUCUGGGCAUCAACGCUAAGGGCGAGCGCCUGAAGCACUGGUUUGACUGCCUGAAGAACAAGGACAAGCGGAUAGAGCGCUGGCACACGCUCACCAGCGAGCUCCCGGGGGCCGUGCUCAGCGACUGACCAGCCCCCACCUGCCGCCGCACCCGCCCCUGCCCGUCUCCUGGCCCGGCACCCGCCUGGCCCCGGGCCUCCUCAGCCACCACCAAGGGCCUCGGCCCUCAUCUUGCGGGAGAUCCAGGACGCCUGCUCGGACACCGGGCCGCUGCUCAGAGGCCGUGGCGGGCUCAGCCACUCCAGGGACAGCAAGGCCAGCUGGGCCCGCUUUCAGCCCCUGAGGCCCAAGAGGGCAGGAGAUGGGAGAGGACCGUGGCCUCAGCACCCACCCCAGGGAAGGGAAUGGGGCUGUCUCGGGGGCUGAGGGCCCUAGUGGAGGUCAGCAGUGAGGCACAGGGACCCCAAGCUGAGAGAACAGGAGUGCAGGGGCGCCUUGGCAGGGCCAGUGAGAACUCCAGAGAGGGACAUUAGGGAGAGGGGCAUGGGGGGAAGGAGACUUGGGAAAGUAUUCCCCAAAGGAGGUUCUUACUACAUCCGGUCCUCGCUGGCCUUACUGGGCAGCUGGAGAAAAGCUGACCCGAGAGCAAGGAGUGGUAAAGUUCCUAUAGGCUCUCACUGAACAUGGGCAAUUGGCAAGCACUUCACUCAGUGAUUGCACGAGCCCUCGGAGAUGAAUGAGACCCAGGGCCUGCCCUCUAAUCCUCCUUGUCUAAUCAAGGAGCUAAAAACAAACCAUUACAACAGGGAGUGAGGAAUACCAAGGCCAGGCUGACAUACCUGUGAGUGCCAUGGACUCUGACUCUGCUGGGAGGCAGGGAGGGCUUCCUGGAGGAGGUGAUGCUUCAGCAAGGCCUUGAGGGGUGAGUGGAGUUUCUGGGCAGACAAAGGGGAAGGGCAAUGUGUGCAGCGGGAAUGACCUAUAAAAGCCUAGGGGGGAAGUAUAGUGAUUGGGCUCGGGUCGCUGUGCAAGACUUGGGGUCUCACUCUGGAGACAGAGUGUGUUAGGACAGGAGUGGGGCCUUGAGGUGAUGUCACCCACCCCUGGCCUGCCAGGCUAGCCCCAGCUCAUAGCUUUGGGGGAGGCGAUGGAGCACUGUGGUGAAUCGGAUGUUGGGGCAGGGUCAAGUUCAGUCCUCAGACCAAGUACUCCCACCUUUAGUCUUUCUCCUUCCAAGAAACUUGGAGGAUGGAUCUUCCUCUCAUUCUUACCAGCUCAAGCAUGAGGUCAGCUGUAAUCAAGAAGAGGGUUUCCCACACACACACUUUUCCUCAUGAAAAGAAGCAAAAAGUCCUCAUCUCCACCUUCUUCUUCCCUUCAUCCACCCCCCUUCUGAGUUCAGGGCUGGGGAGUAAGGGGUCCAGGUGAAUGCCCACACAUCCUGGCCCUACUGUGGCCACGGAUGUCCCUUUCAGGAGUGCUGGGUGGCAGUCCAGGGCCUCCUUUUUGAGAAGGCCUGUGAGGCUGGCUCCUACCUCCAGGAGCUUGAGAGACACACCCUGCCUGGUGGGCCUGGCACCCUGAGUCGGGUUGAGGGCAGAAUUUUGGGGCCCAGGUGUGAAGCCCCAAGUUUUUCCUGCCUACCAAGGGGCCUUCAAGGCUGCUAUAUGAACAAAUGCAGAACCAGGGAAUUUCUGUUUGCCCCAGCACUGCACUAAUGGAACACAGAGGCCCAGAGAGGGAAAGCGACCCACCUGAGUGAGGCCUCCCUGCCCUCCCGGCCAGGCUUCCUGGCCCCUGCCUCAGGCCCAGGCCCAGGCCCAGCCCCAGCCCCAGCGCCAAGCUCUGGACACCACACUUCAAGGGAAGGAAGGUGCUGGGCUCCUGUUAGCUGCCUGCCUGGGGCUCAGCCCUGCCUGCUGCAGACACAAAGCACAUCACCAUCUGAGGCCUAGGGUGAUGAUGCGAAUUCCACCAAGUGCCCAUGAGCCUGUUCCCAUUCUGCAGGGACAACGGGACUCCGGCCCCCACACAGCACCUGGCAACUUUGCUGGUCACGGAGCCUUGGUUUUCCUGUCUUUAAGGUGGCUUUGUGUAAAGGGUUUACAUGCACUGUCUUAAUGGAUUUUCACAAUUCUGUGAGGUGGGUCUGUCAUCCUCAUUUGACAGAUGAAGAAGCAGAUCAGGCUGAGGAGUUUGUCAGUGUCACACAGCAGGGAAAGGGCAAACCAGGCCUCGGCCUCGGCCCUGGUCCCGUGCCUGCCACAUGCUCUGGUUGUCGGAGAGCUAGUACUCCCCAGUCCUCUCCCUCCUGGGCUGAGGAGGGCUCAGCAGAUAUAUUCAGAAGACUCGGGAAGCUCUGGUGCGUGAUGCAGGGGUGGGACCAGAGCGCUGUCCUGCUCCCUCAUCCCCUAGAUGGCUUUGAAAUCACUGAUGCACUUAGAGCUUCCCCAGAGGUCCCCACCCCCAGGCCUGGAACUCAGCUAUCCCUCCCCAGCCUCUGAGUCUGUGGGUCAGGACUUCCUCCUCACGGGGGCUGAGGCAAAGGCUCCUCUUUUCUCCACAAGGCUGGAAUGGGGGAACCUCUGGGGGACUAAGCAGACAGAUGGCCUAUUUUGGGGGGGCCUCCUGGCUCGGUGAGCCCUGGGUACCUUCCAGCUUUGCCUCUUGGAGGGCCUCAUUAGGAAAGGAGCUGCAGAGCUGCUCGGUGAAGGUACUGAAAUGCUGAAUGGCACGGCCAGAAGGGGCCGCGAGUCUCACCGCGUACAACUUCCUCCUUAGACACCGGGGAAACUGAGGCCCAGCUAGUGUAAGGAGCCCAUUUAGGGCUCCGUACUGCCCUAGGCUGUGCAAGGGUAGACUUGGUCCUGAAAGAUGGUCCCAGCCGACCACGGGGACAGGAUGGGAGAUGGAUCUUCUGGACCACCAGCCCAAGUGGAGGGUGGGGCGCUUAGGGAGGAAGCCCCUCGGGAGUGAGGGAACCUUCACCAGGACCCCAGCUCUGCUCCUGACCCCUUGCAGAAUGUGUUUCUGUUAAAGCUCUUCGGGAAGCUGCGGUAAUCAGCUCUGCCUUUGACCUCAAACUGGCAUCUUCCCCUGGUCUGUCGGCCCCACAGAAAGACGGGAACUUUCACGCCCCUCCCCCACCACCGACAAAAAGUAGUUCCAAAGUCUGGUGUCUGCGACCAGGAAGUCGCCCGCCGGCGCGCUGCAGCCGCCUCCACGCUCGCCUCCCACCGCCACCCCCAGCCAAUCCCAGACUGGCCCGUCUUCCGACCGUGAAGCGGUAACCACCUGACCCCUAGCGGCAAGAGCGAGGAACUGCGCCUCCCGGCCCGUGCAUGUCCCGCCGUUCGUUCUCAGACCGAGAACCCCCGAUGCAUGGACUCUGGCUGUCGUCGACGCAGACUCGUGCACUGCUUAACACCGUUUUGCUACCAUGUGGCGGCUGCAGAAAACGUCCUUAAACUGCAGCCCCACACACAAUUUUUGUACUUUCGUCUGACCUACUCGAGGGUGUCCUUUUUAAGUCCUAUUUGUUAAUAUUUAUAAUGACCUAUAAUUCAAAGUAAAUGAAAACGUUCACUGCAAUCGCA